CCUCAUAGACAGUAGAGCCGGUGAACUCUGUCACUCUUCAGCAUUGUACAGUUAGAGGUCUGAGUAGGCUGCAGUGGAAAAGGAACGGGAAAAGUUGUACAGUAUAAUAAUCUGCCCACUGGAGUAGCGACCGGUAUACCGGCUGCAAUUCUCAUCAUUUGAAUGUCUGGUGACACAGCGCGAGAGGUGGGCUUCGAUUGUCAAGUCGCAAAGGUGCAUUCAACAGCAGAUAUAACGUCGGGGAUGGAACAAGUCACAAUGAGCGACCGGUUCGAUUGCGACAACUGCAAGGAGUCCCUGUACGGACGCAAGUACAUCCAGGCAGACGGGGGAGAGGGGGACAACCCCUACUGCAUCCCCUGUUACGACAGCCUGUUCGCCAACACCUGCGACGAGUGCAAGGAGCUAAUCGGCCAUGACGCCAGGGAGCUGUUCUACGAGGACCGGCACUACCACGAGCACUGUUUCCGUUGUUUCCGCUGUGACCGCUCACUGGCGGACGAGCCCUUCACCAGCCAGGACGAGGCCCUGCUGUGCAACGACUGCUACUGCAACGAGUUCUCGUCCAAGUGUGUGGCCUGUGACAAGACUGUCAUGCCAGGCACAAGGAAGUUGGAGUAUGGUGGCUCCACAUGGCACGAGGGCUGUUUUAUCUGCCACAGCUGUGAGCAGCCCAUCGGCUCUAAGUCCUUCAUCCCAGACAAGGAUGAACACUACUGCGUGUCCUGCUAUGAGGAUAAGUUCGCCCCGCGCUGCACCCGCUGCAAAAAGGCCCUGGCUAAAGGGGGUGUGACGUAUCGGGAUGAGCCGUGGCACAAGGAGUGCUUUGUGUGUACGGGCUGCAAGGUGCAGCUGGCAGGGCAGCACUUCACCUCGCGCGAAGACAACCCCUACUGCCUCAAGUGCUUCGGCAGCCUAUACUCUAAGAAGUGUGAGGCCUGCAGCAAGCCUAUCACAGGUUUUGGCGGAGGGAAGUACAUCUCGUUUGAGGAGCGCCAGUGGCACCAGCCCUGCUUCACCUGCACAGAGUGCUCUGUCUCUCUGGUGGGGGCAGGCUUCUUCCCCAAUGGAGACCAGAUCCUGUGUCGCGAGUGCAACACCAAUAGCAAUCUAUAGACUACACACACACACCGUAUCGCCCCUCUCCUCACACACGCCCGCCUAGUUCAACCCCAGGGCCCCCCUCAUCACUGCCAAGGUUGUUAACACAGACCCACAGACUGCCUCUCAGGUCACACACACACACACACACACACACACACACACACACACACACACACACACACACACACCUUGCUCACUAGACCACAGCUCAAUCCCAAAUCCUCCCCCUGUGUUUUCUGUUGCUUGCUGUCAAAUACCAGAGCUAAGCAUCAGGCUACUGAAGCACAGACACAGACAAAAAUCAGCGAGACUAAAGUUGAUCUAACUUGGCAGAGGCAUGUUUUCAUGACCAAAUAGACCUACAUUUCCUUCAACUGUAUGUAUGGGGUGACUUUUUGGUCAGAUUAUGUUUGGUUUAACAGAGGGAAAAGUAAUGUCUUUGGAACUGAACCGUUCUGAACGUUAGGCGGACAAUUUUAAAAUGAUGUACCAAAGAAAUGUAAUAUCUGCCAUCAAAUAAUUAACUGGUAUUUGGGGGGGCGGCGGCGCCAUCCAUGGAUCCGAAAUCACCGAAGAAUUGAAUUCCACUAUCGCUACUCCAAUGUUCUGUAUUAGAGGCUGUAGCAUUUUAAUAUGUGAGGAUAACACUGACCAACAUGCAAAUUGUCCAUCGAACAUAGUUCGAAAUCAUACUAUUUUGAUGUAGUUGCUAUCUAGCCUGGAGAGGGGAGAUCCACUCCAAGGCUUUCCUUCUCCACAGUAAGUCAUGACUAUGUAAAAAAAAAAAAAGGGUUAUGUGCCUUUUAAAAAAAUUGCAUACUUUAUAUGGUAUGUAUUAUCAAACCAAAGAAAAAUGCUUCCAGCUAUGCAAACUUGCUAGAUUUUUGUAUGAACGUAUCACCGCUAAUCAAUGAAAGCGGCACUUUGUAAAGCAGCUACAGAACACUGAUAUUUACUACAUGUAAAUGUUCGAGUGAUUCAAUGCUGAUAAUUGCAGUUUUGUGCAUAUGACUGUUCUCCUAUGUCAAUUAGGUUUCAAAGCAGUAUUUGCUGUCAUGCUUUAGUUGUUACUUACACUAUAGCCGUAUCAUGAUUAUUUGAAGAGAAUAAUAUGUUGCGGUCAUUUGUUUAUGCAGUUGUCAAACACUGCUCCAGAAAGUUAAUGUCUUUAUAGUAUACUAAAGAAUAUGUCCAAUAGAUGGAGAAAAAAAAAA